AUGUUAUGCUUGGAUGAUAUCUGCCCUGUGAUUAACUGCCAUGUGAUCACCUGUUUUAAUCAGGUUCGCGAGACCCAGGCAUUGAUCUUGGCACCAACUCGGGAGCUGGCUGUACAGAUUCAGAAGGGUCUUCUUGCUCUGGGAGACUACAUGAAUGUCCAGUGUCACGCAUGCAUUGGAGGGACCAACGUGGGCGAAGAUAUCCGAAAACUGGAUUAUGGGCAGCAUGUUGUUGCUGGCACUCCAGGCCGUGUGUUUGAUAUGAUCCGUCGUCGAAGUUUAAGGACUCGUGCCAUCAAAAUGCUGGUUUUGGAUGAAGCAGAUGAAAUGCUUAAUAAAGGUUUUAAGGAGCAGAUUUAUGAUGUGUACAGAUACUUGCCUCCAGCUACACAGGUGGUUCUGAUCAGCGCCACUUUGCCUCAUGAAAUUCUGGAGAUGACCAACAAAUUCAUGACAGACCCCAUUCGCAUUUUGGUGAAACGUGAUGAGUUGACCCUCGAAGGAAUCAAGCAGUUUUUUGUGGCUGUGGAGAGAGAAGAAUGGAAGUUUGACACCUUGUGCGAUCUCUACGACACACUCACAAUCACCCAGGCUGUCAUCUUCUGUAACACCAAGAGAAAGGUAGACUGGCUCACAGAGAAGAUGAGAGAAGCCAACUUCACGGUUUCAUCCAUGCAUGGGGACAUGCCACAGAAGGAGAGGGAGUCCAUUAUGAAAGAGUUCAGAUCUGGCGCAAGCCGAGUCCUUAUUUCAACAGAUGUUUGGGCUAGAGGCCUGGAUGUGCCUCAGGUGUCCCUGAUCAUUAACUACGACUUACCCAACAACAGAGAACUCUACAUACACAGAAUUGGCCGCUCAGGCAGAUACGGCCGAAAAGGUGUGGCGAUCAACUUUGUGAAGAAUGAUGACAUUCGCAUCCUGCGAGACAUCGAGCAGUACUACUCCACCCAGAUAGAUGAGAUGCCCAUGAACGUUGCUGAUCUUAUCUGAAGGUCCGUGUUUACCAGGGAGUUGUACUUGCACUGCUUGGUAGCCUCCAUAAUUCUGUUUUGGACCCACAUCCUUUUAUCAUAUUCCUGAUCAUACGUUCUUGAAUUGAGCUGCACUUGGGAACUUGUGUAAAUAAUGUCUUUACUCCCGCCCAUGUUUUUCAAUAAAAAAAGGAAGUUUUACCA